UCGCGGUCCUCGGAAAUAGCAAAGCGAGGCGAGCCCUCCCCUCCUGCUCCGGCGAGAGGCACAGCCACGGUCACUAGGGUUGCUCCGGCCAUGCGGGUGCUUCCCCUCGCGCUCGCCGCCGCCAUCUUCUCCGGCGUGACUGCCAUCCUCAUCUACCUCUCCGGCCUCUCCUCACAUGGCGGCGCUGGGGUUUCGGAGGCGGACUUGGCGGCGCUCUCCGCGCUACAGGGCCGCUUCAGCAAGUGCGUGGAUGCAAAUGGGCUAGGACUGAAAGCGGUGGGUGGAGAGGACUACUGUCGGGUUGUGAUACAAUACCCUAGUGACACAGUUUCUAAGUGGAAAGAUCCAAAAACUGGAGAGACUGAAGGUUUGUCAUUUGAGUUCAAUCUGUGCGAAGCUGUGGCCUCAUGGGAGCAGGUUCGAAAUAGUACAACUGUACUCACAAAGGAGUACAUUGAUGCUAUGCCAAAUGGCUGGGAGGAGUAUGCAUGGCGCCGGAUCAACAAAGGAAUCCUUCUGAAUAAGUGCCAGAACAGAACUCUUUGCAUGGAGAAGCUCUCAUUAGUUCUACCUGAGACAUCACCAUAUGUGCCUCGCCAAUUUAGUAGGUGUGCUGUCGUAGGAAACUCCGGUGAUCUUCUUAAAACUAAAUUUGGGGAUGAAAUUGAUUCUUAUGAUGUUGUCAUUAGAGAAAAUGGUGCACCCAUCCAGAAUUACACUGAAUAUGUUGGUACAAAGAGUACAUUUCGCCUUCUGAAUAGAGGAUCUGCAAAGGCACUAGAUAAAGUUGUUGAGUUAGAUGAAACAAAAAAGGAGGUACUAAUCGUUAAGACGACAAUACAUGACAUCAUGAACCAAAUGAUUCGGGAACUUCCAAUAACCAAUCCAGUAUACCUCAUGCUAGGCACAUCAUUUGGUUCAUCUGCUAAAGGAACUGGGCUUAAAGCUCUUGAAUUCGCUCUCUCCAUCUGUGACAGCGUUGACAUGUAUGGCUUUACAGUAGACCCAGGUUACAAGGAAUGGACAAGGUACUUUUCAGAGUCCAGAAAGGGACACACUCCACUAUAUGGUAGAGCAUAUUAUCAAAUGAUGGAAUGCCUUGGUCUUGUAAAAAUCCACUCACCGAUGCGAGGUGAUCCUGGCAGGGUAGUGAAGUGGCUACCUACCAAGGAUACCAUCGAAGCUGCUAGAGUUGCUUCCGAAAAAUUGUUGAAGAGACCUGGGGCUGGAAGCGAUGGCCCUUUGGGCACUUGCACCAUGAUAAAGAAGCGCGAGAAAGGAAAGGCACCAAACCGAUCUGGUCUUGGAGAUGCUACCAUGAAGCACCUUGAGUACAUGAAAGGUGCCACCAGGUAUCCUCUGGAGCGAAAUGCCGGGGGCGGGUACCUAUGCAUGAUCAACGAUAGAUAGGACCACAGCUGUUCAAAUUCCAAUACAUAUCCUAGAAGACGACGACGAUGAGGCUGGACAAAGCACAUCAGAACUCAAGGUAUCUCUGAGCAGCAAUCCCACACGAAUCUGCCGCUUCACGGGUUGUUUUGGUAUCGAUUGACUUGUACGACAGUUUUGAAUGAACUUGGAGCGUCUUUUACAGAGCGGAUGUCUGAGAUGCAGUUUUGGUGUAUUUGUGAUCACAAGGGUUUGCAACUUGUUUAAAAGUUUUUAGAUCAUGUCUGUGUGUAUAACGGAAUGAACAGAUAAGGGCGACACCGUGCCUGCCUAAUGUUGAGCUUGUCUCCACUGUAACUAGAAGAGAUCUGUCAUGUCUGGAAUAUGUUUUGCAGUGGGCGUGAACAAUUGAUUGAUUUUAACUGGCA